GACAGGGUAGCACAACUCGACGCAACACCGGAGCUGUAGGGGGAUGUGAACAGUAGACCUGCUCUGACUGUGUUAUUGGUACUGUAUUAUUAUAUACUCAGUAAUGCAGUAUAUCGGUGGUCGGUAAUGCUGAGGUAUCUGCUGGCUCUCUCCGCGGCGGGUUUAGCGCUGUGGUGGGCUCCGCAGGGCCGCUGGCUGCUGCAGUUCUCCCCUGCUGUAGACCCGGGCAGACUGCUGCACCAGCAGGAGCUCUCCCAGUACAGCGCAGCAGAGCCCAGUAAAGGACUGUACCUCUCCCUAUUAGGGAGGGUGUUUGAUGUGGGGAAGGGGCGCAAGCACUACGGACCUCAGGGGGGCUAUCGCUUCUUCACAGGUAGAGAUGCAUCAAAAGCCUUUGUGACGGGUGACUUUACUGAGGAUGGCCUGACUGAUGACGUGUCUGACCUUUCUCCAGCUCAGAUAGUGGCACUCUACGACUGGCUGACUUUCUAUCAAAAGGACUACACACCUGUGGGCCGGCUGAUUGGACGAUUCUACACUGAGACUGGGGAGCCCACAGAUGCUCUGCGGCAGGUGGAGGCCUCCUUGGCUGAGGGUCUGAGGCUGAAAGCCCAGGCUGAGGAGGAGAACCAGCAGUUUCCAUCCUGUAACUCAGAGUGGAGCUCAACUAGCGGAGGACGCGUAUGGUGCUCCACCAAAAGUGGUGGUGUCCACAGAGACUGGACUGGGGUUCCCAGAAUGCUCUUCUCACCAGGCUCAGGACACACUCGCUGUGUGUGUGUGCAACCAGAUGCUCAAAAGCAAUCAAAUAAUCCAAAUCUGAAGGAGUAUAAGGACUGUUCAACCCAUGCAGAAUCCUGCCUCCUUAGCCAGGACUGAGAAAGUAAAGUGGGGCGGACGUUUGACCUCUAGUGGUACUUCUACAACUCCUUCAUCUAUUAAGCUGAAUGACUCUGCAACAAUUUAUUACCUCCAGAUAAGUGUAUAUUUAACCAAGUUUAUAGCGUCAACUACACAGUAUGUUCAUGUUACUUUUUACUUCAUGUUAACUUGUGCUCUGCUCUCAAGUAUGUUUUUAUUUGUGAGUAAAAGAAGAGAGACAAGACAA